AUGUCUUCAGCCUCUCCCAAGAGGAAACGAGGUCCAGAUCUCCCAUUAGACACCCAGAGGCUUCCACGACCCUUUCAUUUGGAUGAUGGCAUCGACGAUGUGGAAAGUCCCCGAACCAAAGUCUCGAGGACGUUCGGCACACUGGAUCUAGAAGAUGAGAUCGGGUCAAACCCAGAAGCUGCUGCUCAACGUGAAAUGAACCUUCCUACACAUCCACUGGGCCGCCAUGACGAGCCAUCCAAGAACCAUAGUCCGGCUCAAUCAUCACCUCAACCUCAUAUCAAGAACAGUGUGACUCUCCCAAAACCACCUCAGAAGGACAACUUCUCCUCCACCGAUAUGUCCAAGGUCUCACCCCGCUCAAAAUCACCCCCUCUAGAAGGUGAGAUUUCAGAACAUUUCUGGCAUGAUUCUGAGAUCACAGGCCACGAUCCAACAGAUCCCACCGACGAUGGCUAUGGAAUUAAUGGUAUCGGAUUUCGACCAACCCCUGCCCUUGCCUGGUCACGGUCACAGCACAGAAAGCGACAGCUGGACGAUCUGAAAAGCAGAGAGGCUCGGGAAGCCAGGCAGCAGAGAAGUGAGAGGAGGAAGAGGGUCAUCAGUGAAAGUGAGGAGGAUUCGAUGGCCAUGGACAAUUCACCCCGGAAAAGUGUCCGGGUCCGCUUCGAAAAUGGAUGA